GGACUGGACCGGAGCAGAGCGCACGGAACACGCAGUGGAUUUGUCCGGCUCCGGGUUAAACAUGGCUCUUCUCCCCAGAGGACUGGCGCUCGUCUUGGUGCACGUUUGCCUCCUGCACAGCGUGUGGUCCAAGCUGGAGCUGAGUGUGCAGGACAGUGUGGAGGUGCUCCUGGGGGCCCCCGCUCUCAUCCCCUGUGACUACAGCUUCGGCCCCAGCAGCCAGGGGCCCCCCUUCGUUAUGCUGCAGUGGUUUGUGCGGUCUCCCGGCAACAGUUCCCGAGCUCGGGUCUUUUAUGGGGACAGCGAGCAGCAGCUGGUGGACAACAACACGGAGUACAGCCAGCGCCUGGAGGUCAUCUCUGAGACCAACCGCAGCGUGCUGACCAUCAGGGACGUGAGGCUGUCUGACCACCAGAGGGAGUUCUUCUGCCAGGUCAACGGGCUGGCAGCGGGCAGCGCCGAGGGCAAAACCGCACUCAGGGUCUACGCUCCUCCAGAAGCUCCAGUCAUCGAGGCGGUUCCUCAUGGAAUAUCUGUGACUGAAGAACAACCAGCAAAGAUCGCCGUGUGUGAGGCUCAGAAUGGUUUCCCCAAACCCAACAUCACCUGGUACAAGAACGGAGAGCUUCUCGAGUCCAGCCCAGGCCAGGUGAAGUUCUUGGUGCUGCACUGGCGUUCCUCCUCUGGUCUCUUCACUGUCCAGAACACUCUGCUGCUGCGCGUCCACAAGGAAACCAGAGACGCUCUCUUCUCCUGCAGGGUCAGCUUCUCUGUGCCCGGGGGCGAGCGCAGCCUGGAAUCCAGCCCCGUCAAUGUCACUGUCCACUACCCCACGUCCAUGGUGGAGCUGUGGAAGGAGUCUCCGCCUGGGCUGCUCCGAGAGGGGGACACUGUGGAGCUGCGCUGCCAGGGGGACGGACACCCCCCGCCCACCUUCAUCUUCACCAGAGAACAACAGCCGGACAUCCCGCUGGACAGCCGGGGGGACGUGCUGAUCCUGUCCUCUGUGUCCCGUAAAGACAGCGGUCUGUACCAGUGCCGCCCUACAGACCCACACAGCUCCUCUGACGCCAAGGGAGAGGUGCAGCUCACUGUGCACUACCUGGAUGCUGCAGUGGUGGUACCAGCAGAGACCGAGAUCAUGUACAGAGGAGAAGCUUUGACGGCCACAUGCAACGCCCUGUCCUCCCUCCAGACCAGCACCACCUGGUACAAGGGUGGGCACGUGGUGGGCACAGGCUCCAGUCUGCUCCUCCAGGACGCGUCGUACCAAAACGCGGGGGAGUAUGUGUGCGAGGUGACGGUGCCCGCUCUGCCCGCUCUCCACACCCAGAGCUCUGUGCACAUCGUCGUCCAUGGAACUCCACAGGUGGAGUCCCCGGAGCAGGAGGUGCGCCUGGAGCAUCCCAGUGGCCGAGUGCUCAACCUGAGCUGUGAGGCCCAAGGAUCCCCCGCUCCCACCCUGACCUGGAGCCUCUCUGCCGCCCAGAGCUGGGAGGAGGUGGUCUCUCACUCCUCCUCGCACUCGUCCCUCAGCGUCGUGUCCGUCCGGGUCAGCGCAGACUUCAGUGCCGUGUGCAACGCCUCCAACGACCUGGGCUCCGACGCCAGGCUCUUCAGCGUCAAAGCAGUUCCCAUGGUGACGGCUCCUGCUGCCUUCUCUCCAGCUGAGGGCAGUGGUAUCUUCAUCGUGGUCAUCAUCCUGGGCCUCCUGCUGCUCGCCAUCCUGGGUAGCGUCAUCUACUUCCUCCACAAGAAGAACCGACUCCCCUGUGGUCGUUCGGGCAAACAGAGCAUAACCAAAGAGAAAGCCAGUGCUAAGGACAUUGUGGUGGAGAUGAAGACUGAAGAGUCUGUUCUGCUCAGAGCAGUCAACGGAGACAAGAGGGCCCCCGCUGAACAGUGAUGGGGCCGGAGCACAUUCCCAUGAUGCUUUUCUGCACUGGAGCCUCAGCUGACCACGGGGCCACAAGAGGGCGCUGACCAGUCUGGCGGCACUUACCCUGUUCCUGUUCCUUUGUUCAUUGUUCAAGACUGAAAAUGUAAAUAGUUUGAUUUUUGUUCUGAAGCUCGGUGACGCACUGGGCCUGUAACUGCUGUCUCUGCACCACGCCACCCUCCAAGUACUCCUGACAAGUACUCCUGACAAGUACUCCUGACAAGUACUCCUGACAAGUACUCCUGACAAGUACUCCUGACAAGUACUCCUGACAAGUACUCCUAUGUAGUACUUUUAAGAAGUACUACAGAGGUUCUCCUAAGGUACACCUGAGGGCCCUUGUGUUGUGUAGCACUGACAUAUCAUUGGUCCAUUGGUCCCAGUUCAGCUCUGGUCCAGGGGCCCACAGACCUGAGCACACACACUCACAGCAGCACAGUUACAGCAGCUGUCAGAUGAGAACUGGAAGUUUAAUAAUACAAACAAUAGACUACAACUUGACAAACCUGAUGCGAUGUGCAGUAGUUUCAUUAAUGGGAUGUUACUUUGAAAAGUAAGAUUUUGUACAAUUUGUCAAUGAGCACAAAAAAUAUUUGCAAAAUGUGCACAGAAUUUAAGUUGAAUACAGCGUCUGUUGAACGUAGGACAAAAAACUAAGGUUAAUAAUAUAAGUUAAGUUAGAUUAGGGGCCAUUGCUGACAGCAGGAAAUGUGACGGGGUUUGCUUUAAGUCACAUCCUUUUGUAGCCGACUGAUGGACACAUGAGUCAUUGGACUGACCUGUGGUUAAAUGCUUACAUAUUUGGAGCCUAAAAUGAAGCUUUGCUUUAAUCUAAGUUAUAUUAUUAACCUUCGUUUUUGUUUUUUUUUUGUUUUGUUUUUGUCCUAAGUUC